AUGUCGAAUUUUUUACGACUUAUGAUCACGUUUGUGAGUUUGUGCGUUGCUGGCGUGGCCGCCAAAAGUACGUAAGGUUGACUUUUACUGCAAGGGAUAAAAGUUUAAAACUGUAUCGUUGCCAUGAUAAACCACUUUUUACAUGGCUUUUUCGGCUAAUAAACCGUCACAAAUGUAGGCCUAAAACAAAACAAAAACAGACUCAGCUUAUUAUCGUUCAAUCUGAAAACAGAGGUCUCUGACUUUUCACAUCAUUGUACAAUAUAUAAAUCUAUCGACACUCGGUCUGAUGUUCACGAUUUUGAAAAAUAAUUGGCGACUUUCGACUGGGCAAAAAAAUCGGUGGUUAACUCUCAAAAGGGCAUCUGCCAUGUGAGUGUUCACAGGCGAAAGAUAACCAUUACUGAUAUUUUGGCCUCUUAUACAUUUAAUUUCGCAAACUGUAGGUAACUGUACAUCGCCUAACAUGACGUCACUACUGUACAUUUUCCGCUCAAACUCAAAGAAAAGUGGGACGACAGUACAGGCAUCAUACAAGCACCGUGAUUGGCUGUUUUUCCGAUGUAGGAAUAACGGUCAGUUGGUGGGCAGUUCAUUACGUAUAUGCAUAUCUGGAUCCUGGAGCGGAACAAAACCCGUCUGUAUAUGUAAGUCCAAAUGAUCGACCAUUACUAUUCUAUCUUUAUACAACCAUUGUGAUAUUACUUUCUUAACUGUGUUUAUCCUAACCCACCCUGUCAACGUUCCCUCAUGUGGGAGACCGGAGCACCCGGAGAAAGUCCAAGACUUUCGGCAGAGCGUUGACGGACUCUUUUCACUGAUUAUGAGUCCGACAAUCGAAUCCACGAACUCAGAGAAUCGAACCCACUACGCCAUAUUAAGUUUACCAAAUUAACAGGGUUAUAUCUAGGUUAAGCAGAAAAAAUUUAACCAUAGUGUUUUUAGAGUGAAACUGAGUUAAAAAACAAAUUCCAAAAAGACAAGACAUCUUGAGAAUAAAAUAUGAUUCAAAACAAAACGCAGGUUGAGACUGUAAAUUUUCGACAGUCUUAACCUUCGUCUUGUUUUGAAUCAUAUAUUAUAUUCUCAAGAUGUCUUGUCUUUUCGGAAUUUGUUUUUUACUUUACUUUUUUAAAUCGUCGGCUGGUCAUGAUUUUUGAGUCUAACUUAAACCUUGUUUUUCUUGCAGCAAAGGCAACACCCCCACCCCAGGUGAAAUGUAAAAGGCUGAGGAACUUAAAACAUGGUAAAAUACGAGGAAGAAGGGGGGUGAAUGCCGUGGUGAAGUUCAGUUGUUCGUCUGGGUAUAACAUCAUGGGACCAAAGAAACUCACGUGUUUAGCUACAGGGAAGUGGAGUGGUCAUGUACCACGAUGUUUAAAAGGUAAUACAAUAACUCCAGGCAAAAGGCUCGAAACAUCGAAAUUCUCCUUAUAUAUUUUCCGGUUGUUGCAUCAUCAUCAUCAUCAUCAUCAUCAUCAUCAUCAUCAUCAUCAUCAUCAUCAUCAUCAUCAUCAUCAUCAUCAUCAUCAUCAUCAUCAUCAUCAUCAUCAUCAUCAUCAUCAUCACCACCACUAAUUUUGAGGGGAUCUUUUCAGUGAUUGAGGUUUUUCUUAAUUGCGUUUAACACUCGGUCUCAGGCUCUUCGUUAACAUCGAAAUCAGCCUUCUCGACAGGCCCUCGUGCCUCAUGGGAAGGUCACAAUUUAUUACUUGUGUUGUUUGUAGAUGUGUCCUGUCCUAAACCGGGUGCGCCACGGAACGGAGUCCGAGAUGGAACAAAAUUCAAAUAUGGCCGACGAGUGAAAUAUUCCUGUAAUACCGGUUACAAACUGGUUGGUUCCGUUUCACGCAAGUGCAUGUCAAAUGGAAAAUGGAGUGGAAAGCGGGCAAAAUGUGUGAAAAUAGGUGAGAAUGUCCACAAAGUCAUAGGCGUACGAGAUGGGGGAGGGGGCUAGGGGGAGGCUGCAGCCUUCCGACAGUGUUUCAGUCGGGCAGACUCUCACUUAAAAAGUUGGGCAAUUUGCUAGGCUUGCUCUGCUCGUCUUAAUAUACUGUAUUUUGUUACGAUAUUAAUUAAUGUUUCGAUGUUUAAACUACGUUCACACCGGAGCUGAAAACGGCACAAAAAAGUCACAAUUACCCCGCCGCGUUCAUACAUAUCGCCCGAGCGAAUUUAUUUGUAAAACGUCACUUUUGUUGUAACAAUUUGAGCACGGUUUCUAAACGGGGCGACAAGAAAAUGGAGCGCCUGGCGGCUUCGUGUGAACACAAACGCCACAAAAUUGGAAUGUUUUUCAUUUAAAUUUUUUCUGCUCUGAUUGAAACAUUUUGGGUUUACAUGUGUGUUAAUUUAAUUUGUAAACAAACUGUAACGGCUUAGUGUGAACAUAGCUAGCAUGAAAAUGUUUGAUUAAUGAUUAAUCCGUGACGCGCUGCGCGAAAGUGAUAUUAUAUUUACAACAGGACGGCUGCUCAGGCGUUCACAUUGGCCUGAAAAUGGCAACUUUCGUGGUAGGGUGUAAUGUGUAAUAGAAAAGUAGAUACGAAUGCAGGAGGUCUGGACCAUAUAAAUACAACCAAUCAUGACCAGCAACUAUAGUAUUUAAAUCGAGUAAUCGAUGAUAUUUUGCCUUAAUCGUUGCACUCCGAGCCUGCGAUGCGCUAACGCAAACUCGAUUUCUCGAUUACGAAAAAACAGAAAAUUAGGGAUAUAAGACACCUGGCCCUACAGGCCAGUGUAAUAAAUCUUAACGGCUUUCCUUUUAUCGUCCUGCAGACCCCGCCCUAGAACUAAAAGAAGUCGCAGACAAUUUGCGAAAGAACUUGGUCAACAAAUUCGGUUUGGUCACUGUGGACAGUCGUGGGAGAUCCGGAAUAUCCUCAGGUGCUUCCGGACUUGACUUCGUGUUCGUUCUCGACAGUUCGGCUAGCGUCGGACAAACGAACUUCAGACGAGGAAUCGAGUUCGUGCAAACGAUCAUCAAAGAGUACGGAGUAUCGACCAAACCACAGGGCACACGAGUGGCGAUCGUGACUUUCAAUGCCGCAGCUGAAAUAAAGUUUAACUUGGCUACCAAUGUUAUGAAUGAUACAGACCAGGCUAUGCGAGAACUGGGUAAGAUAUGUAGGGGCAGGAUAUAUGAUAAACAAUUAUUAUAUUUAGUUAGAAAAUUUGAUAAAGCCUUUAGUACUUAGGGUUACUUCACAUGAUGAACGUGCGUUUUAGUUUAUUGAAGAUGGCGCAACGAAUUUUUGGUGCAACUUUACCAAAUUUUUAGUGAAGAAAGCAAAGAAAAUGCUGAUUUCGAAAAUCUUCAUUUGAUGGGUGUUCUGUUUAAACAUGUCCAGUAUUAGCUGACUAAAGAAAUAUAUAGGUAUCCCAUAAAAAAUCAAAAUAUAUUUAUAGUUUACCUCAACGUUUGUCUACAUAUCUCGAUUUGAAUCUUCAUAGGUACGUUAAAAAAAACGUGUGCGGAAAAUUUCUCUUCUUCAAUGGUUUUUCUGAUAUGACGUUUUCUUUAACAACUUCGUGAAUUAUCAGUGACAAAUCUAAGAAUCAGGGCAUAUCGGAAAAACCACUAAAGAAGAGAAAUUUUCCGCACACAUUUUUUUACCAUGCCUAUGAAGAUUCGAAUUGCGAUAUCUAGACAAACGUUGAGGUAAACUAUGAACAUAUUUUGAUUUUUUUAUGAAGGUACCUAUAUAUAUAUUCAGUCAGCCAAUACUGAAAAUGUUUAAACUGAACACCCACCAAAUGAAAAUGUUCGAAAUCAGCAUUUAUCUGGCUUUCUUCACUGAAAAUUUGGUAAAGUUACACCUAAAAUUCGUUGCGCAAUGUCCAAUAGACUAAAACGCACGUUCAUCGUGUGAAGUAACCUUAACAGAGAGCAUGCGGACGCACAUUCUAUUAUCACAUUUGAAGUACACACGUAAAAACGCGCAAGUUGUUACAGAUCCGCCCUGAGAUCUGCAAACAAGUUGUAACAAGGUUGUUUUGAAGCCAGGAUGUGUUCGCACUGCUUGUUCCCACUUGUUGUGACAAGUUUGGAACAAGUUGUUAUCACCUUGUUACAUGAAGGUUGAUGACGGUAACAGACUUGCUACAAGUUCUUUCAACAAGACUAAUACACGCAGCUCGUCACAGGUUGCUGCGAGUUUGCUGUCAUCAACCUGUUUAUAAACUUGUUCCGCGCAGACGAUAUCAGACUUGUUGGAACAACUUGUAGCGAGUCUGUUGGCCUCAUCAACCCAAGGCCGGAUUUUGGUGUAAAUAGUAGGGGAGGUGCAGCGGUCUAGCUCACGACCCCCAUGGAAAGUUAGAACGGGCCAAAGUCAACGACAUUAUGUAUGCAUGUAGUGUAGUGUACAUAUGUAUCAGUGUAUUAAUGAAUUAUGACUGUACAACUCAUCCAAUUUUGCCCUUCAUUACAAUUACUACAAAGUUUCUUUCAAAACAUUGCAUUAAAAGUGUACUUGACAUAGAGAUGAAUGGCCAUCCUGGGCUGUUUCAAUUUUAUAGAAAAACUUUCUUACGAAGUGUAGACCGUAAGCAACCACAAAGUGUCAAGUUUUCACUUUGAUCUAUCAUUGCUUUCCCAAAGGGAGGUGCGUGACUUUUCAGGGGAGGUGCAAAAAUUCUCCAAGAUGAAGGGGAAAUGCAAAACGAUCUCAGGGGAGGUGCCCACCUCCCCUCAAAAUCCGGCCAUGCAUCAAUCUUUGUUACAAGAUGAUACACAAUCUUGUCUAUUAAUCUGGCGUUUCUUUUUUUCCAACAGGCAACAUUCAAUUCCAGGGGGGUGGUACGAACACGGAAGCAGCCUUGAGCAAAGUGUAUCAUGAUGUUUCUCCAGAGGCGAGAAAAGGCAGCCACAAAGUGCUAUUCCUGAUUACAGACGGACGAUCGAAUGCCGGGACAAACCCGCGACACUUUGCAGGAAGACUUAGGGAGAGAAAUUAUGAAAUUUUUGCUAUUGGUAUUACAAAGAAUGCAGACCAGGACGAGUUGAAGAGCAUCGCAUCACAGCCGUAUAGAUCACAUAUUCAUUUGUUGGCUGAUUACGCAACCUUGGAAAAACUCAAGGAUAUGAUAACCGGGAAGGGAUAUGGUAAGGAUAUAAGGGGAUAUGAUUUUACUUGA